CAGCAGAUCGGACCCCACCCCCACCGGCCACCGGCCCACCGCCACCAAGACGAGAGAGACGGCGGGAUGGAGGUGAGGUCAAGCUCCGGCAAGGAGCCGCGCGUGCUCAGGCUGCCCGGCGACCUCGUUGUCGAGAUCCUCGCGCGGGUGCCCUACCGCUCGCUCUGCCGGUUCAAGCUCGUCUCGCGGUCAUGGCGGGCCCUCUGCUCCGACCCCGCCGUCCGCCGCAGGUGCCCCCAGACCCUGUCCGGCUUCUUCUUCCGCACCAUGCCCCUCGCCACCCCCUCUCGGUAUGACCGCCACUUCGUCAACGCGUCGGGGAGAGGCGCGCCCAUGGUGGACCCCUCCUUCUCGUUCCUGCCGGCCGGCCACCGGGAUGCGUGCAUCAUCGACCCCUGCAACGGACUCCUUCUGUGCGAACGCGUGGGUACGCGCCCGCACUUCGGAUCUCGCUAUUUCGUCUGCAACCCUGCGACGGAGGAGUGGAUUGAUUUGCCGGACACAGAAGCGACGGCGUCUUUCCCCACCGUCCGUCUGGGCUUCGAUCCAGCCGUGUCCUCCCACUUCAGAGUGUUCGUGCUCGUGGACGCCAAAGCAACCUUCGAGUUGCAUUUGGCAGGAAUUGAGAUCUACUCGUCGGAAAAUGGAGCAUGGACGUACAGGCAGACUGAGUGGGGCGAUGGUACUGUAGCAGGUUGGAAUUCUGUCUUCUUCAAGGGCACUCUGCAUUUGACAAGCCCUGAUUCUUCUUCAUUGCUCACGGUGGACAUAGACGCCAAUAAGUGGGGGGAAAUCCCUACUCCGCGUGAUUUCCAUUUCAUCGGAGUCUCUCAAGGGCAAUUGCAUGCUGUGCACAUAAGCAAUCGAUGUAACAACCACAACCGCAACAAUAGAUUGUCAAUCUGGGUUCUUGAGGAUUAUGCUGGGCAACAAUGGACCCUAAAGCACGAAGUCGAUGCAAUGCAGAUGUUUGGAAGACUCCCUGGAAGUUUUGGGGACUUCUACCACCUCAAGGUGCACGCAAUCCAUCCGGAACAUGGUUUGAUUUUCCUUACUGCAGGCAAGCUCAGGAGUCUUAUGUCAUACAACAUGGAUGAGAAGAAGGUGCGUUUUAUCUGGAUUCUUGGAGAGCGCAAUGUGUCUGCAUGCCCUUAUGUUCCUUGCUUCUCAGAUUGGCUGCCACCUGGACAUUAAAGUUACAGAAACUCUGAACCAAGAGAAAAAUUUACAGAAACUUUUGUACUUGCUAUCAUCAUGACAACACGAGAAAGAAGUGAUUGCUGGAAGAGGAGUCAAUAUCAUCUAGUUUUGAGAUAGCAGUUUGGGAUAAGUCACAGGUCAACUUCAGCUUGUUGACGUUCUCAUCUGCCUGUUCACAAAGACUUCUUGUAGCUUUGAACAACUAGUCUUUGAAGCAUAUGCAAACUGUGAGCAAGCCUUUUGGUUUGUACUCUACUGCCUAGCUAUCACAAUGGACCUACUUUCUACUCAAUUUUUGUUCUCUCCGAGCAAAACAUGGUUACUCUAUAUAUUUUCUUUCAUCUACACAUUGUUCUGAACAUCUAUUUAGAUGCUUGUAUGGAGUCACCAGUCACGUAUUUAGUGCUCAAAAGACAAAGUAGCUUGGUGUCUCA